AUGCAAAUCGACACCCUUACUGAUGCCUUUUGGGGCCCACCAAGCUCUAAAGCCAACUUUUGCGAGCAGGAUUAUGUUGUGACAAGAUAUGUCGCGGAGUUCAUCAACAGUUUAACCAACCUAUGUUAUGUCUUCUAUGCGAUUUACGGCCUGCGCCGAUUACAGCAGGCCCGCAGUAUUGGUUUCUCUCGCGCCCUCCCUUACUGUGGCUUGAUGGCAGUUGGCCUUUGCUCUGCGAUCUUCCACAUUAGUCUACAAUACCACACUCAGAUGCUGGACGACCUAUCUAUGCUUUUCACAACCACCCCACUGCUGCACAGAGUGUUGACAGUAAAUGCCAAUCGCAAAGACUCAUUUGUCGCGGGUGCAGUUAUUUACAUAGCUCUCUCGUUACUUAUAAUUUACCACGUCACAACAGAUGAAUUAAUUAUUCACGCUACGUUCUUUGUUAGCAGCAUCAAUAUCAUCGGUAUUCGGACUGUUCAGCUACUCAAACAACGCACCACUGAGAAUUCAACAGCUCGGCGACAGAUUUGGGGCAUGGUUGUAUUCGGGGCUGGCAUCUUUCAUCUUGGAUAUAUUGUCUGGCUUGUGGAUAGCUGGGCCUGUGAAUGGCUUACGAGUGCACGAGCGGCAAUUGGGCUUCCUUGGGCAUGGCUGCUAGAACUUCACGGAUGGUGGCAUCUCUUCACCGGUAUCGGUGCCUAUACUUUUAUUGCGGUUAUUGAUCAACUUGUGUCAGGUGGGGAUCAUCAGGAUAUUGACGCAAAUUUUGCCUGGCCUGUAACAUGGGCUUCCCAGUCAAUAUUUGCCGGAGUUGCUUCUACCAUGGUUGGGGCAGAUGAUAAAAAAUACAAGUGA